GGAUGGGGCUGGAGCUGAAACUGGAGCCCGAAGGGGGAGGCUUGGAGGUGAAGUUGGAGUUGGCGGGGGGCGUGGAGGCGAAGCUCGAGUGGGACGGGCUGCAGAUCAAGGUAGAAGUGGUGGAUAACCCCGAGGAGAUGGUUCAGGUGAACCCAGGGGCCCCAGAGCUGCAGCAGGAAUUGACGGAUGGAGUAGAUGUGAAGCAGGAAUUAAUUGAUGGAGUAGAGGUGAAGGAAGAAUUAAUAGACGGAGUAGAUGUGAAGGAGGAACUAAUAGACGGAGUAGACGUGAAGGAGGAAUUAAUAGACGGAAUAGAUGUGAAGGAGGAAUUAAUAGAUGGAGUAGAGGUGAAGGAGGAAUUAAUAGACGAAGUAGACGUGAAGCAAGAAAUAUUAGAUGGAGUAGAGGUGAAGCAGGAAUUGAUGGAUGGAACAGAAGUGAAGCAGGAAUUGUUGGAUGAACGAGAAGUGAAGCAGGAAUUGAUGGAUGAACAAGAAAUGAAGCAGGAAUUUGCAGAGGGAGUGGAGGUGAAGGAGGAACUUCUAGAUGGAAUAGACUUAAAGGAGGAACUUGUAGAUGGUGAAGACGUGGAUGAGGAACAUAUACAUGGAAUAGACAUGAAGGAAGAACUUGUAGAUGGAGUAGAGAUGAAGGAGGAAUUUGUAGAUGGAGUAGGCAUGGAAGAGGAAUUUGUAGGUGGAGAAGACUUGGAAGAGGAACUUGUAGAUGGAGAAGACAUGGAAGAGGAACUUGUAGAUGGAGAAGAUGUGGAGCAGGAACUUGUAGGUGGAGAAGAUGAGGAACUUAUAGAUGGAGAAGAUGUGGAGCAGGAACUUGUAGAUGAAGAACUUGUGGAGCAGGGAUUUGUAGAUGAUGUGGAGCAGGAAUUUAUAGAUGAAAAUGUGGAGCAGGAAUUUGUACAUGAAGAUGUGGGGCAGGAACUUGUAGAUGAAGAAUAUGGAGAGGAGGAAUUUGUAGAUGGAGAAUAUGAGGAACAGGAACUUGUAGAUGGGGAGGAGGAAUUUGUAGUUGGAGAAGAUGGGGAACAGGUACUUGUAGAUGGAGGAGAUGGGGAGGAGGAAUUUGUAGUUGGAGAAGAUGGGGAACAGGUACUUGUAGAUGGAGGAGAUGGGGAGGAGGAAUUUGAAGAUGGGGAGGAGGAACUUGUAGUUGGAGAAAAUGGGGAGCAGCAACUUGUAGAUGGAGAAGAUGGGGAGGAGGAACUUGUAGUUGGAGAAGUUGUGGAGGAGGAACUUGUAGAUGGAGAGCAGGAACUUGUAGAAGGAGAAGGUGGGGAGCAGGAACUUGUAGAAGGAGAAUAUGUGGAGCAGGAACUUGUAGGUGGAGAACAUGUGGAGCAGGAACUUGUAGGUGGAGAACAUGUGGAGCAGGAACUUGUAGAUGGGGAAAAUGGGGAGGAUGAACUUGUAAAUGGAGAAGAUGGGGAACAGGAAUUUAUAGAUGGAGAACACGGGGAGCAGGAAUUUGUAGAAGGAGUAGAUGGGGAGCAGGAACUUGUAGAAGGAGAAGAUGGGGAGCAAGAAUUUAUAGAUGGAGAAGACGGGGAGCAGGAAUUUGUAGAUGGAGAUGGGGAGCAGGAACUUGUAGGAGAAAAUGCGGGGCAAGAAUUUAUAGAUGGAGAAGAUGAGCAGGAAUUUGUAGAUGGAGAAGAUGGGGAGCAGGAAUUUAUAAAUGGAGAUGGGGAGCAGGAAUUUGUAGAAGGAGAAGACGGGGAGCAGGAAUUUGUAGAUGGAGAAGAUGUGGAGCAGGAACUUGUAGAUGGAGAAUAUGUGGAGCAGGAACUUGUAGAAGGAGAAGACGGAGAGCAGGAAUUUGUAGAUGGAGAACAUGUGGAUCAGGAACUUGUAGGUGGAGAAGAUGGGGAGCAGGAACUUGUAGGUGGAGAACAUGUGGAACAGGAACUUGUAGAAGAUGGGGAGCAGGAAUUUGUAGAUGGAGAACAUGUGGAGCAGGAAUUUGUAGAAGGAGAACAUGAGGAGCAGGAAUUUGUAGAUGGAGAACAUGUGGAACAGGAACUUGUAGAAGGACAAGAUGGGGAACAGGAACUUGUAGAUGGAGACUAUGUGGAGCAAGAACUUGUAGAUGGAGAAUAUGUGGAGCAGGAACUUGUAGAUGGGGAAGACAAUCAGGAAGAACUUGUAGAUGGAGAAGAUGGGCAGGAGGAACUUGUAGAUGGAGAAUUUGUGGAGCAGGAACUUGUAGAUGGAGAAAAUGGGGAGCAGGAACUUGUAGAUGGAGAAUAUGUGGAUCAGGAACUUAUAGAUGGAGAUUAUGUGGAGCAGGAACUUGUAGAUGGAGAAUAUGUGGAGCAGCAACUUGUAGCUGGGGAAGGUGGAGAGGAGGAACUUGUAGCUGGGGAAGAUGGGCAGGAGGAACUUGUAGAAGGAGAAAUCGGGGAGCAGGAACUUGUAGAUGGAGAACAUGUGGAGCAGGAACUUGUAGAUGGAGAAUAUGUGGAGCAGCAACUUGUAGACGGAGAAUAUGUGGAGCAAGAACUUGUAGAUGGAGAAUAUGUGCAGCAGGAACUUGUAGAUGGAGAAGAUGGGGAGCAGCAACUUGUAGAUGGAGAAGGUGGGGAGCAGGAACUUGUAGAUGGUGAAUAUGUGGAGCAGCAACCUGUAGAUGGAGAAGAUGGGGAGGAGGAACUUGUAGAUGGAGAAGGCAGGGAGCAGGAACUUGUAGAUGGAGUAGACACAAAGGAGGAGUUCUUAGAUGGGCUGGAGGCGAUGGAAGAGGUGGUGGGAAGACUACAAAUGAAAAAGGAGAUGCCAGGCUGGUUGGAGGAGGGUGUCUCCCUUUUGAGUGGAGGGGAGGGGAUGGUGGGAGAAAUUGGAAUGGAGGGAGUGAUAGAAGAAAUGAGUGUGAAGGAGGAGGGGGUGGGUGAAACAGAAGUGAAAGAGGAAGAGAUGUUAGGGGGAUUAGAAGUAAAAGAAGAAAUGAUAGAAGGGGAGAAAACUGGGGAAGAGGAGGAGAUCACAUUAGCGGGGAUGAAUGUCAAGGAGGAGAUGGUGGGAGAAAUGGAGUUGAAAGAGGAGGAGGAAGUUAAUAUGGAGGUGGAGGAAGUGGAUGUGAAGGAGAAUGAAUUUGAAGUGAAAAAGGAAAAUGGAAUGGAAUUGAAGACAGAAGUGGAUGGAAUGGAGAUGAAAGAGGAAGUGAAGGAAAAAGUGAUACGUGACCAAGAGGUGAAGGAAGAAGAAAUGACUGGAACAAAGCUGACAGAGGAACAGGAGCCACCGAGAAGGCCUCAGGUGGGCAGCAAGCGGAAGCUGGCCAUGUCAAGCUGUGAAACUUGUGGUACGGAAGAAGCAAAAUACAGGUGUCCACGCUGUAUGAAAUGUUCCUGCAGUUUAGCCUGUGUGAAGAAACACAAAACAGAACUUACAUGCAAUGGAGUUCGAGAGAAGACAGCAUUUGUUUCAUUAAAACAGUUUACCGAAAUUAAUCUUCUAAGUGAUUAUAGGUUUUUGGAAGAUGUAGGAAGAUCAGCUGACUACAUUGCUAGAGAUGUUUUCUUGAAAAGACCCUCAACAAAUAGAAUUUUAAACUAUAUGAAAAACCGAGCACGAAGACACAACAUUGACUUAAGAAUUUUGCCAAUUGGCUUCACCAAAAGAAGAGAGAAUUCAACAAUGUUUGAUAGGAAAGAGCAGCGUUUCUAUUGGCAUCUGAAACUCCUGUUUCCUCAGAGUCAUGCUGAAUAUGUGGAGAAAGGAGUACCUGGUGAUAAGAAGCUUCAUGAAAUCUUAAGAACCUACAUUGAUCCUGAAAAAUCUGAUCCUGUAAUUCGUCAGAGGUUAAAAGCUUAUGUGUUUUCUGAGAGUGGUGUACAGAUUUUAAUGAAGAUUGAAAAUAUGCAGCAUAACUUAAUCAGGUAUUAUGAACUGGAUCCUUGUCAGAGUCUCACAGACAAUUUGAAAGACAAAGUGGUGAUUGAGUACCCAACAUUACAUGUGGUAUUGAAAGGAUCUAAGAAUGACAUGAUAAUCCUUGGCCAAGAGACAAGUGAAUCUACUGAGAGUUUUGGCAAUGAAAAUCCAGCACUUUCUUCGGAGGAAGAAGGUGAAAUUCAAGAGAGUUCCUGAGGAAUAUGCAUUGGUUGUCUGCUUUGGGAAAGGAGGAGCGCCUUUGAUUUUGGUUUUGGUUUUUUACUUUUAAAUUGAAUUUUCUUUAAUUUACAUUAAGAAUUUUUUUUUCUGGCCCAAUGUUCAUGUGAGGUGCCCAGUCAGAUUACUAGUUUUUUUUUUUUUCUUUUGAUCAUCAUUGAAUGAAUUUGUUCCCAUUUUCAUUCAUAUGAACUUUAGUAUUUAAUAUCUAACCUUUACUUAGAUAUUUUGAAGCUUAAUUACUCAGAUUUUUGCUAACCAGUGAAGGAUUGAUGUGUAAACUAUAAGGGCCAAAAGAAUCUGGCUCCAUGAGGGUUCAAUUAUUGAUAUUGAUAUUGAUAUAUAUAUAUAUUGACCUUGGAACAAUGAUUUUUUUUUUAAACUGCAUGUGCAUCUUUUCUUGAGGGAAGAAAAAAGCAAUGUCUUAGAAUUGAGUAGUUUAAUCUGAAAGGCACCUAAUAAUCAAAUGAGGACUUUGGUAAAAUGUAACAGAAAGCUGUUUGAGUCAUCAGUUUGCAUACUCUCUAGGAAUCAUAAAUGUUUAAUACUGUCGUCAUUUCCAUCACUACAUAUGCUUCUCCCCUUUAAUGUCAUUAAAGUAUGUAUGGAGUAGUUAGAUCUUUAAUUUAUUUUUCAUUCCUAGCAAUACCUGGAAAAACUUGGAAUCUGUGCUAUAGAAAUGUACAUAUGUGUAUUUAUUAUAUGGACACUUUAAAUUUUUAUCAUAUGGUAUCCUUGUAAGCCUUAUGAUUUCACUUGUUGGAAUUGCAACGUUUUCCUAAUUUUACUGGAAUUUCUUAAGUUAUGAAACGACUGUAUAGAUUAAAAGAUUAUUACAUCUGUAUUGCAUCUGUGUAUUGAGUGAUUUUAAAAGGGAGAUAAAAAAGACAUUGUUGAAUUUAUGAUUGUUUCAAAAUUGGAAGGAGAUCUAGAAAAUAGUGUGGGGCCCUAAGGAAGCUUGAAAAUGUGUAAGGAUUACAGAAGGAUGAAUUGAAAGAAAAGUUUUAUGGUAGCUACUAUAGAAACUGGGAAAGAGGAAAUCUAGAAUAUGGUGAUGUUCAGGGAGUCUCUGGGUGAAAAAUAAAUCAUCUUUUCAAUAUGA